GAGGAAGUGUUUGUUGACAGUUUGCACUUUAGCAUGGCAGCUUGCGGACAAACUUGGAGUUGUGAGGAGGUGCGGAGCCUCAUAGAAAUUUGGACUGAUGACCAUAUUAGGUCCCAACUUUCGAAAACUCAUAAGAACAGCGCGAUCUUCUCAUUGUUUAGCAAACAACUCAGGGAAAGGGGGUUUGAUAGAUCUGUGGAACAGUGCCGGGUUAAGGUAAAGAAGCUCCGCCAGCAGUACAUCCAAGUGCGGGAUGCACUUAAUAAAACGGGCAGCUCGGGUAAGGAGAAAGACAAGUUCCCCUGGUAUGAUGACCUCGAUAAUAUACUUGGGACAAAACCCUGACGUCGAUCCGGUGGAUGUUGUUGAGUCCCAUGAAAGUUCAACAUCGUCCGCUUCCAGUGAUGCUAUUGAUGCUAGCACUGUUGACCAAGCUACCGCAUCUAAUACCGAUGUUGACGUGGGAGAUUCAAGCAACAUAUCCUCUGAUGUAGAUGUCACAAACACCGUUGCUGAUGCAGGAGUGUCUGAUGAUCCAAGUACAGAGAGCAGUGCCAAUGAAGAAGGCAUCAUAGGAGAAAGACUGCCCAUUCCUGGAGCCAAAGCUCGAAAAAGAAAGAUAAAGUCUUGCAAAGCUGAUGUUGACAUCCAGGCAUAUAUGAUGGACAACAAAACGAUGCUGACAGAACUGCAUAGAGCUGAACAGAGCCAGGUGGCUCAAGAAGCUGCCUGUUUUGAGAGAAUAUUGAAGGCACAACAGGAGGCUGAGGAGAGAAGAUUCCAGGUGAUGCAGGCACAGCAACAGGCCACUAACCAGAUGUUUCUGCAACUAAUGGGCACUCUAGCAAGUGCACUGAAUCCUGGUCAGCCUCCACCUCAUUCCUCAACAAUGCCAGCCUGGACCACGACACCCCCACCAACAUCAAUCCCUAGUGCUUGGUCCUUGCCCCACCUGUUUCAGCCAACUGCCCUGCUGCCAAUGAAUGAUCCACAUCACCACCGGCAAUCAGAAUCUCCAUCCACCCAAGAAGAACAUCCUAGCCCUUCAUCCAUUAUACAUGACAUUAAUAGUACAUACUACUACAAGAUGUAGUUUUUUUGGG